GAGGUCGCGCGGGCCGCUGGGAGUGGCGGCUUUGGUGCUCCCCGAGCGUCGGCGGAUCGCGGGUGGAGGGCUGGGGCCGGACGGCGGAGUGUGAGCUGCGGCGCAGAUUGUUUCAGAGACCCAACUGUUGCAUAAACCAAGGUGCCCUCUUGCAUUGCUCUGCAUGGGGUGGAUGCUCAGUAAAUUGUGCCAGGCUGCCUGAUGUCAUGUGGCCUGUGCUUUGGACCGUGGUGCGUACCUAUGCUCCCUAUGUCACCUUUCCCGUGGCCUUCGUGGUUGGGGCUGUGGGCUACCACCUGGAAUGGUUCAUCCGGGGGAAGGAUCCCCAGCCUGUGGAGGAGGAGAAGAGCAUCUCGGAGCGCCGGGAGGACCGCAAGCUGGAUGAGCUGCUAGGCAAGGACCACACCCAGGUCGUGAGCCUUAAGGACAAGCUGGAAUUUGCCCCUAAAGCUGUCCUGAACAGAAACCGCCCGGAGAAGAAUUAAUGGAGGACACAGGGCCCUAUGGGUCCUUCUGGGGGCCAAGACUGGUCCUGCCAUCAUGUCGACCCAGCAACCAGAACCCACAUCUGAUUUGCUUUAUUGCUUCUUCUGGCCCCUCCCGCCCCACACAGCCACACACAUACUGGCUGCUCUGCUAUGGCCAGGCAGACACACUAGUAGCUGAGGGCCCAGUGAAGAGGAAGGCCCGUGAGGGUUCUGGCCUGAAGGCUGCCUCUGCUGGAUGGUGGCCACGGCUGCUCAGGCUUCUGUGCUGCUAGGUGCACCCCUGGGAGGACAGUGAUGAAAUGAACAUUGGCUGUCAGUCCCUGUGGGGAGGCAGUUUGGCCUCAGGUGGGAGUGGCUGGGAUUGGGGUGAUGCUUUUAGGAGGGAUACCUACAUGCCUAGUUCUGGUUUGCACUGGGAAGAGUCCAAAAAUCUCCCUGGCUCCCUUCACUAGCUUGCUCUGUCCUUUGUGCUCAUUCUCCCUGAAAUCCUGUCCGCUCAGGAAGGGGAUUCCCCUGGGAAGGAAAGCAGUUUUCUGUUCUUGGGAGCCCCGGCUGUUCACCUUGGGGCAGGUGAAUUUGCUUGAAAACAGUCACCGUCUUUCACCCCCCACCCCGUCACUGUGUAGUGCAAAACUUGAUUAAAGUGGCGUGUGAGAACCA